CAUUCCCACAAAAGAGGAGAGCGAGAGAGAGAGAGAGAGAGAAUGGUUAGAUUUAAACCUCCAAAUUCUACCUCAUUACCAUCAAAAAGAGAUGCAUAUAAUCACAUCACAUUGCCAUUAAAGAAGAGAUCAAGAAACCACAAUCAAGAGAGAGAGAGAGAAUGAGCUUACCGGAAGAUGUGAUCACAGAAAUCCUCUCAAGAAUACCGGCAACACCACUCCUUCGAUUCAAAUGCGUAUGCAAAUCAUGGCAUAACAUCAUCAACGAUCCCGCAUUCAUCUCCAAGCACCACCAAACCAUCUCGGCCGCGCCGGAAUCCGAGGCGGUGAUGAUCAGCCGGCGCAGCAACGCCACCAACAGGCGGGUCCUCUCGCUGCUGAGGAGCCCCGACGACGUCGUCGACCACGACCUCCCGACGUUCCUCAACGACAUGUUCGGCCACGUCCGCCUCGUCGGCCCCUGCAACGGCAUCGUCUGCCUCUACGGGUACUACGACAACAUCGCGCUGUGGAACCCGGCCAUCCGGUGCUUCAAGAAGCUUCCGGCAUCGCAGCUGCCCCGCCCCUCGAAUUUCAAGGUGCGGGGAGGCGAUCUCGGGGUCGGGUUUGACCCCAAGACCCGUGAUAUCAAGGUAUUGCAGAUCUUAUUUUGCGUUUCAAUGGAUUCCCAAAUUGUUUAUCAAGUUGAGAUAUACUCAUCAAGAAUGAAUUCUUGGAAGAAAUUGGAAUCUUCUAUGCCAGCAAAUAUCAUGUGCUAUAAUCUAUGGAGCAUGGUGUACAAGAAUGAAAAUUUCUGUUGGUGGGCCCAAGAUAAAAAUAAUGUUGAGGUAAUUCUUUCAUUUAAUAUGGUUGAUGAAGCAUUUGAAAUGACUCAAUUGCCCUCCGACAUUGAGCCACUAGGAGGGCAACAUAGGACCACUCGAGCUAUUAUGCCACUAAAAGAAUCACUUGCUUUGAUUGUGUAUCGACAAUUGGAAGAUGACAAGGUUUUUGAUGUGUGGAUUUUGAACGAGAUCGGAGGAGGAGUUGAAGCGUGGAGUAAGUUGACGAGAAUCGGCCCGAUUUCGGGAGUCGAGAAGGUGCUAGGGUUUUGGAAUAAGUGCGAGUGCAUUUUGGAGAGUAGAACGGGAGAGACGGUUUUGUAUAAUCGUGUUACUCGGAAGACGAAGAAUCUUGGGAUAUAUGGUAAACGAAGCAGGUUGGAAGUCCUCGUUCUUACAGAGAGCUUGUAUUCAGUGAAUUAAGCACGAAAUGAGUAUCCAUAUUUUCUUUUUCGUCCGUCCACGAAAUGAGUACCUAUUUCCCUUUUUGGCAAGUGUAUCCCACACAACCCUUUAAUUAAUACACUGAAAAAAGGUGGGACCCUUAUUCUAUUCAAUCCACACUCGACACAUUUCUUAAAACUCGCGACGUCCACAAAUGAGUACUCAUUUCAUGGACGGAGGGAUCGGGGGAGUAUGUGAAUAACAUAAGAGAGACUAAGGACAUGAUACGAGUUUGUUGUAAUAAACUCCAUUUAGAAAGUGUUAGUGGAAUUCAAACUAGCGAAAAUAUUUAGAAAGUGUUAGUGAAAUUACUAUACCUUAUUGUGAAUUUUAUAACCAUUUACAAAAUACGUGUCAUACUAUAAAUCCACUUGUAAUCUCCUGCAAUAUGUUGUAUAUUAGUAUUUGUUUAAAGUAAUUUCGUGCUGUAAAAAAUUGUGCAAUAGAGUUGUAAUAUCUAAUGUAUAGUUGUGUGAGGAAACCCUUUAAUUUUAAGGGGUUUAUAAUUCUAAA